AUGGAGGCAUGCUCUUUCGGCAAUGUUAGCAUUGCUAGAAUGCUUCUGCAAUUCAAAGCACGCGCUUCGAGUAAAGAUGAUGAUGAUUGGACUGCCUUAGAAUAUUUACGUGAAUGUUUGAGAAACGAGAGGUUUAAUGAUUCUGACAAAGAAAAAUUACACAAAUUAGCUGAAUUGAUAGCACAACGACAAUCGGAAGAAGGUUUUGAACCACGUACCAACAGCGAAUUUCUUCAUCUUUUGGAAUGUAAAAGAGCUGAAAAGAAGAGAACUUCAGAUUCAAACAAAGAACAACAACAAUUAGAUUUAUCUCCUUUAAAACAAAAUUCUUCUUCAAAUUUUUCCAAUAAAAGAAGAACAUUAUCUAUAUUAAGUGACGAUUCUGAUGAUUGUUUAACAAAAACAACAACUUUUUCUGCUGCAAUAAAUUCUUCAAAUGAAGAAAGUAGUGAUGAAGAAACACAAAAUUUAAAUGAUUAUAGAAAAUGUAUGAAAAUAUUGAGAAAUAGAAGGGAUUUAAAUGAAGAAAGAGGUGGGAAAAACAACGAAACGAUUGUAAUUAAAAGGAAAAGAUUGGGAGGAAAUUCGUUACGUUUAAAUUCUGCCAAAAAAUUUUUCAAAUAA